GCCCCAGGCCCCCGAGGAGCCCGGCCCGGGGAGGGACGAGCCUGGCCCGGGAGGAGUGACGCUCAGGCCUCGGUAACGGGAGGAGCGGCGUCCUGAGCGCCUGCCACAUGCCAGGAGGCGGCCCCGGGAUGGACGACUACAUGGAGACGCUCAAGGACGAGGAGGACGCGCUGUGGGAGAACGUGGAGUGCAACCGGCACAUGCUGAGCCGCUACAUCAACCCGGCCAAGCUCACGCCCUACCUGCGCCAGUGCAAGGUCAUCGACGAGCAGGACGAGGACGAGGUGCUCAACGCGCCCAUGCUGCCCUCCAAGAUCAACCGCGCAGGCCGCCUGCUGGACAUCCUGCACACCAAGGGCCAGCGGGGCUACGUGGUGUUCCUGGAGAGCCUCGAGUUCUACUACCCGGAGCUGUACAAGCUGGUGACCGGCAAGGAGCCCACACGCAGGUUCUCCACCAUCGUGGGUGAGGAGGGCCACGAGGGCCUCACGCACUUCCUCAUGAACGAGGUCAUCAAGCUGCAGCAGCAGAUGAAGGCCAAGGACCUGCAGCGCUGCGAGCUGCUGGCCAAGGCGCGGCAGCUGGAGGACGAGAAGAAGCAGCUGACGCUGACGCGCGUGGAGCUGCUCACCUUCCAGGAGCGCUACUACAAGAUGAAGGAGGAGCGCGACGGCUACAACGACGAGCUGGUCAAGGUCAAGGACGACAACUACAACCUGGCCAUGCGCUACGCGCAGCUCAGCGAGGAGAAGAACAUGGCCGUGAUGCGGAGCCGGGACCUGCAGCUGGAGAUCGACCAGCUGAAGCACCGUCUGAACAAGAUGGAGGAGGAGUGCAAGCUGGAGCGGAACCAGUCCCUGAAGCUCAAGAACGACAUCGAGAGCCGGCCCAAGAGGGAGCAGGUGCUGGAGCUGGAGCGCGAGAACGAGAUGCUCAAGACCAAGAUCCAGGAGCUGCAGUCAAUCAUCCAGGCCGGGCAGCGCAGCCUGCCCGACUCGGACAAGGCCAUCCUGGACAUCCUGGAACACGACCGCAAGGAGGCGCUGGAGGACCGGCAGGAGCUGGUCAACAAGAUCUACAACCUGCAGGAGGAGGCCCGCCAGGCCGAGGGGCUGCGGGACAAGGCCUUCCACUCCCGGGACGAGGCGCAGACGCAGUACUCACAGUGCCUGAUCGAGAAGGACAAGUACCGGAAGCAGAUCCGCGAGCUGGAGGAGAAGAACGACGAGAUGCGGAUCGAGAUGGUGCGGCGCGAAGCCUGCAUCGUCAACCUGGAGAGCAAGCUGCGUGGCGGCGCCAGGGGCAGAACGGCUCCGUGGCAGAGUCUGCCCCGGAACCUGCCCGUGACCAUCAUCUCCCAGAGCUUCGGGGACGCCGGCCCCCGGACCAACGGCCAGGAAGCUGACGACUCCUCCACCUCCGAGGACUCGCCCGAAGACAGCAGAUACUUCCUGCCCUGCCACCCGCCCAAGCGCAGGAUGAACCUGAAGGGCAGGGCUCAACUCCCUGUCCCUCCCCUCUCCCCUCGGCCUCUCCUGCCCGUGGUGAGGACAGGGCGGGGACAGGAAGAAGAAGGCAUGGACGUCAGCCCCAGCUCCUCCCGGUCCCUGCCCAUCACCAGCUCCUUCCCCAAGAUGCAGCCCCACCGGAGCCGGUCCAGUAUCAUGUCCAUCACCGCCGAGCCCCCGGGGAACGACUCCAUUGUCAGGCGCUGCAAGGAGGACGCGCCCCAUCGGAGGUGGGUGACGGGCCUGGUGCCCCCCCUGCCCUCUGCACUGACCCCCUUCCCCUCCCGGGCGCCUGGGAGGGCAGCGCGGGACCCGUUUUACAGACGAGGAGGCCGAGGCUCAGAGAAGGGACAUGGCUUUCCCAGGGCCACCAGCCAGCGAGCAAAUGGCAGAACCCGCGCCACUUGCCUGGCGUGGCCCCGUCCCUUUGCAGAUGACAGCCACGAGCGGUGCUCCUUCGGACCCCCCUCCAUCCACUCCUCCUCCUCCUCCCACCAGUCCGAGGGCGUGGACGCCUUCGACCUGGAGCAGGUCAACCUCAUGUUUAGGAAGUUCUCUCUAGAAAGGUACUGUGGCCGCGGGAAGGGGCGCUGGGGUGGAGGCCACUCACCAGGUGGGACCCCCGCGAAGGGGACUGUCCAUGGCCCCUUGAAACCCUUCCCCCCCGCCACUCUUCACGUGUGUUUCGGGAGCCUGUGCCCAUGCGGGUGCACACGGGCCAGCACACGUGUGGGGGAGGGGGGUAGACAGGAGGCGAGCCAGGCGACAAGGAGGGGUGCAGUGUGGGGGGACGCUCUCGCUUCCUGGGAGCCGCCAGCCCGGGCUCUGCUGCGGCCCAGGAGGAACAGGUCUGUUCUCCAGCUAGAAGGCUGCAUCAAGGGCGAGCGGCAGAGCGUGCCCCUGGACUCCUGCACGAAGGAGGAGGCGCACUGGACCAUCCAGAGGUGCAGCGGGCCCGUCACCCUGCACUACAAGGCCAACCAGGAAGGCUUCCUGGCAGGGCCUGGCGGGGCCCCCCAGAGAGCCCAGCAGCUGCUCCUGGUCAAGCUGCAGCGGCUGAUGCAGCGGGGCAGCCGCGAGGAGGCCGACAGCGCCCACCACACCCUCAGGGCCUUCCGGGCCGACAGGCAGGAAGAGCUGGACCCCGAGAGCGAGCUCAGCAAGAACCUCAGCCUGAUCCCCUACAGCCUGGUGCGCGCCGUCCACUGCGAGCGCCGCCGGCCCGUGCUCUUCACGCCCACCAUGCUGGCCAAGGCGCUGGUGCAGAAGCUGCUCAACUCGGGGGGCGCCAUGGAGUUCACCAUGUGCAAGCCAGAUGUUGUCACGAGAGACGAGUUCCUCAGAAAGCAGAGGUCGGAGACGAUCAUCUACUCCCGAGAGAAGAACCCCAACACCUUCGAGANNNGUGGGCCGCUGCUGACUUGGGGGCUGUGCCUGCAGAACAAGCAUUGCCUGCUGGAGGCCAGCAUCAGCUGCACGCGAGACCUGAUCAAGUCCAGGAUCUACCCCAUCGUGCUCUUCAUCCGGGUGUCGGAGAAGAACAUCAAGAGGUUCAGGUAGGGCUCCGAGACCCCCGGGCGCCCUAGAGCACCCCCUCUCCUCCCGCCCCACCACCAAGCCUCUGGGGCUCCCACCCAGAGCAGCCGGGCCGGGCCGUCUGGCGGGAGGUGAGGCCAGGGCGUGUGCAGUUUGUCGAAGGCUGGGGGUGGGGAUGAGAGGAGAGGAGUCGGGAUGACGCUGAGGUUUGGGGCCCGGCGGGGACAUGCAUCACCUCUGACCCCACCUCUCCUCGCACACGACCGAGACCGAGACGGAGAGCUGAGGCCACUGCACUCUGUCACCAGAUGUUUGGGGGGCGCCUGUUAAGUGCCAGGACCUAGGGGACCCCUGAGGGAGCAGAUGAGACCAGAGCCCCCACCUGACCACUUCACACACCCCAGGUGGCCCUCAUCCAGAGCAGACCCCGCAGCUCGCCGUGGGAACGGGAUGGUGUGGCCGCUGCGGGAAACACGAUGGAGGGCCCCCAAAAUUCACACCACCUCCAGGGACCCCGCAACCCACUCCUGGCCACAGCAGGGCCGGGCAGGUGCUCACCCACCCACGUUCCGCGGCCACCCCAGUGCCCACGGAUGGGCCAGGAGCCAGCGGAGCGGGCCCAUCCAUGCAGUGGGAUGGUUGUCACCCCUGAGGUGGGAGGGUAGGGGGGACCCUGUUUUCCAGGGCCGUUGGAUGUGUAGCACAUCAUUCUCGGGCCACACAAAAUCGCCAGCUGAAACAUUUGCCUGCUCCGUUAGUCAAGCAUUUAACCACUCGCCCCUCACGCCUCAGCAGGGCCAGAGCAAAUGAUUUCAGGGGCCUUGUC